CUCAUACUACCCACUACUUAUUUGCCGUCGUUUGUUGUCGCGGUUACUUGCCAUACAUAAAGACACUCGUUCUACUUAAUCGUCUCUCUCGCUGCGCCCUGUGCUUCUCUUUCUCUCUUUCAACACCAACCCCCCCCUCCAUACCUAUCAACAACCCUGCUCUUUGUCCUCUACCCAUCUCUACAAUCGUUCUUCCCAUCAGCAACAAUGAGGGCCAUUUUUCUGGUCUCUCUCCUCUUCCCCCUUCUGGCUUUUGCUCAUCCCAAGGGCUUGUGGUGGGGAACCGACGAAUGCUACACCAGUCCUGUUAAGGCCGACAACGAGUGCUCCAGUAACCAGAAAACUGGCUUUAACUGGUCUGACCUCGGUCUUGGCUCUUUCUCGGCGUAUGCGGGCUUUGAGUUCUCUGGCUUUGCUGUUAAGAAUGGUCUGGGUGGUUCUGACUCUGAUGAUGAUAAAUGCAUCGUUGGACAACUCAGCAAGAACUCGGGCCCCCAGAUGGCCUACGCAAAAGACCAGAAGGGAUUCUCCGUCACCAGAUUCAGUCUUGCCACCUCGAAGACGGCCAAUGUGCGCAUAGUCUAUAACAUGCCAGAUGGGUCCACCUGUAAUACUGUUGCUGCUUGCUCUCAAGAUCGCACCUACGUCGAUAAUGACCAGUGCGGUGGCGCCACUUCGGUGAACUUCCAGCUGGCUGAUGACACUGCCGAUAACUGUGACCUGGGUAUCUACGAGAUCGACUUUGACUGUUCUCCUGGUGUGGACACUUCGUCUUCUAGUACUCUUGUCUCUCCGUCCUCGACCCACGUUGGUGGUAGUUCCAAGCAACUCACUCUGACUCCGAUCCCCAUUCCUCUUGGCACUCCGUCUGGCAGUUCUCCUGUUGGCGUCACCUCGUCUCGCUCUAGUCCAGUUCCUACUAUCCCUGCCGUUUCCUCUGGCCCCGUUGGACAUAUCUCGAGUACUGCCUCGGACCUGGAGAGCACGACCACCGUUGUCACCUGGGUGACGGUGACUACCUGCCCAGUGACUGAAGUGGUGACUUCGAGCGGUAAACCCAUCACCUCUGUGACUAGCACUCUCUCGACGAUGACCGUGACCUCAGUGUCUACCUAUCCCGUCCCGACGUCUGCUGCUCCUGUGGGCUCGAGUUCUGUGUCCGGUCCUGCGUCCGCCCCUGAGAGCACAACUACAGUCGUGACUUGGGAGACUUUGACGACCUGCCCGGUGACUCAAGUGGUUACCUCCAGUGGUACGCCCAUCACCUCGGUGACGAGUACUGUCUCGACUGUGACCUUGACUUCGGUGUCCACUUAUUGCCCCAGAUGCACACGCGUCCCUACAUCUGCUGUCCCUACAUCUGCUGUCCCUACAUCUGCUGUCCCUACAUCUGCUGUCCCUACAUCUGCUGUCCCUACAUCUGCUGUCCCUACAUCUGCUGCCCCAACGUCGGUGGCUCCUAUCGCUUCGAGCUCUGUGUCCAGUCCCGCGUCCGCUCCUGUAUCCGCUCCUGAGAGCAUUACCACGGUCGUGACCUGGGAGACCUUGACGACCUGUCCAGUGACCCAGGUGGUGACUUCAAGUGGCACGCCCAUCACUUCAGUCACCAGCACUGUCUCGACUGUGACGCUGACUUCGUUGACAACAAUCUGCCACAGGUGCACUGAGGCCCCAAGCACCGUCGGUCCCAUUGCGACUGCCCCUGCCCCUGCCCCUGUCACCACCGUCGUGACCUGGGAGACCGUGACCACCUGCCCCGUAACCACAGUGGUGACCUCAAGCGGCAAACCCAUCACCUCCGUCACCAACACCGUCUCCACUAUCACCAUGAGCGCGACAUCCACCAUCGCAAAUACUGGAGUCACCGGCAGCGCCCCCACCCAGGUUGGAGCCACCGUCGCGCCCACCUCCACCCCAUCCACCCCGUGCCCUAACUCUGUGCCCAAGUGUAUCAACACCUGGCUGAACCUCCUCCCGAAGUGCGACUCCAACAGCGCCGCCAGCUGCUACUGCCCUUCGUCCGAGUUCACCAACAAGGUCAUCUCGUGCAUCCAGGCAUGGGGCGCAUCCCCGGAGGAGAUCCAGUCCGCGCUCUCCUACUUCACGGGCAUUUGCGCGGCCUUCGUCCCCAAGAACCCGGGCAUCGUCACGGCCAUCCCAUCCACCAUCACUCUGGGACCUGUUCCUACCAGCCUCUCCCCCGUCACCAACACCGUCACCGUCCUCGUCCCCACCACCGUCGCUGCCCCUUGCACAACUGUCACCUACUCCACCUGGACCAUGACCGUGCCACAGGUCAUUUUCACCACCGCCACCUCAAGCGCACAAACCACGGUGGGACUUAUCCCGGCCGGACCAACCAACAGUACAUCCGCAGGCGCAGGCUCCGUCUCAACCCGUGUCCCUAACCCCUGGGCAUCCACCACCCUAGCCACAACCUCAACCUCAAACAACACCACCAUCUCAACCCCAACCCUCACCCCAACCCAUACUCCAUCUGCCACCCCCACCACCCAUUUCAACAGCGGCUCGACCAUGAGUAUCUCAUCUAGUUUGGUGUGGUCUAUCGCUGUCGCUGCUCUGUUGGGCGCAUACUAAUAGUUAAUUCUUCAGCUAAGCUCUAUUUAGGAUUGGAUCUGGGUUAUGGAUUAUGAAGAUUGGGGGAAAAGGGUGUGCCGAUGAACGGAUUGGGCUGUAUGUAAAUCGAUCGAUCGAGUUGAGCUCUUUCUUAAUCCGGGUGUAUUUAUCGUGAUGUUUUGCUUUUUCUUUCCUUCUUUGCUUCCUU